ACAACUGGGAAUAUCAAUGCCAAUCGCGAGUCUUGUGGGAAAACUUUAAAGAACUAAAAAGCGCACAAAAACAACGUCAUCAUGGGCAAUAAAUCGUCGCUGUUUCUGCGGAACGAGGAGAUCGCCCAGAUUCAGGAGGAAACUGGCUUCACUCCCAAUCAAAUUGAACGGCUCUACUCGCGCUUCACGUCGCUGGACCGCAACGAUUGCGGAACGCUCUCUCGGGAGGAUCUCAUGCGUAUACCCGAACUGGCCAUUAAUCCGCUGUGCGAACGAAUUGUGCACUCCUUUUUUGCCGAGAGCAACGAUGACCGAGUUAACUUCAGGCAGUUCAUGAACGUGCUGGCCCACUUCCGGCCGCUCAGGGACAAUAAGCAGAGCAAGCUGAAUAGCCGGGAGGAGAAGCUGAAGUUUGCCUUUAAAAUGUACGACCUGGAUGACGAUGGUGUGAUCAGCCGGGAUGAGCUGCUGUCCAUCCUGCACAUGAUGGUGGGGGCGAACAUUAGCCAGGAUCAGCUGGUAAGCAUUGCGGAGCGGACGAUCCUGGAAGCGGACUUGUGCUGCCAAGGAAAAAUCUCUUUUGAGGACUUCUGCAAGGCGCUGGACCGCACCGAUGUGGAUCAGAAGAUGUCUAUUCGGUUUCUCAACUGAGUUGGGUUUCCGGAGUCACGGGUAAAGAGCGAGUUUCUUAGUCAGUGUGUACCAAAUAGUUUAGGUCGAGAGUCAGUAGUGAGGCAUUCCGGUGUGUAACUGAAACCUCUAUUUUGUCUUGGAGCACUCUAGGUCUCUAGGUGCUCAGAAAGCGUAAUAAUUGAUAAGUGAAUUUUGAAAGUCUAGAAUUAAAAACACAAAAACUUAAAGCGUCACAAAGUGUAAAAAUAAAUGAAUAACAUGUUUUAUAGCUCUUUAAUUUAGAAUCUUUUUGGUUGCAUGAACACGCCGGAUCAACAUGUAUUUUUAGUUGUUAUGGAAAACCGACCUACUUUUCCAUUUGUUACCUUGUUUUUGCCUACGGAAAGCUCAUUCCGCUCAACGUGUAGAUCAUAAUGACAUUUUGUGUUUAAAUAAAGGCCGAGAUGAACUUAAGCGAA